AUUUUCCAGGAAAGUUUGGCAUGUUUAGUGCUUCAUAGUUUCAAACAUUUCUCUAUCAGCUGGCCCACUACUGCUUUUUGUGUGUGGCUGGAAGCAACUGGGUGGAUUUGUAAUCACUGUUUGACCUUUUAUUUAAUAGCUGAUUAGCUACCGCAAAGGCUGAUAUCUUUUGACUUUUCCUAUUGUGACUUCCUCUUCUUUCUGAUCCAUGGAUUCCAAGGAGUUCUUUGGCCUUUGCUCCUUUGUUCCCUCAUUAUCUGAGAGCAGUUUGUGCACUACUGGGUUGAAAAUGUAUUUGGUGGAGAGCAAAGGAGGAGCCAUAGCAUGCAUGUUCUUGGCUCUUUUCUUCUUGGGAACAUGGCCUGCACUUUUGACCAUGUUAGAGAGGCGUGGUCGUCUUCCUCAGCAUACCUACCUUGAUUACUCAAUCACCAAUUUCUUUGCUGCUUUACUCAUUGCCUUUACAUUUGGUGAGAUAGGCAAGGGCAAACCAGAUGAGCCAAAUUUCUUAGCUCAACUUGCUCAGGAUAAUUGGCCCUCAGUUCUUUUUGCAAUGGGAGGUGGAGUGGUACUUAGCCUAGGGAAUCUAUCCUCACAAUAUGCAUUUGCUUUUGUUGGGUUAUCAGUUACUGAAGUGAUCACAGCCAGCAUAACUGUUGUUAUAGGCACAACCCUGAAUUACUUUUUGGAUGACAAAAUCAACAAAGCUGAGAUCCUUUUCCCAGGAGUUGGUUGCUUUUUGAUUGCAGUUUUUCUAGGUUCUGCCGUUCAUUCAUCCAAUGCAUCUGAUAACAAAGCAAAGCUCAACAAUUACACAAGUGAUUAUAAAGAAGCAGCCAUCAUCUCUUCAAAGGAAAGCGAUUUAGUAAAAUCGAAAGAUCUCGAAAGGGGAAGUAGUUCUGCAGACAAUGUUGAAGCAGGAACUGCAGUUUUCCUUUUAGAGCUUGAGGAAAGAAGAGCAAUUAAGGUAUUUGGGAAGAGCACUUUGAUUGGAUUGGCUCUAACUUUCUCUGCUGGACUUUGCUUCUCUAUGUUCUCACCAGCAUUCAACUUGGCAACAAAUGAUCAGUGGCAUACUUUGCCAAAAGGGAUUCCCCAUUUGACAGUUUACACUGCCUUCUUCUAUUUUUCAAUCUCCUGUUUUGUUAUUGCCAUAAUUCUAAACAUCACCUUCCUCUACCACCCUGUCCUAAACCUACCAAAGUCAUCAUUGAAGGCUUAUUUGGAAGACUCUGAUGGAAGAAUCUGGGCCUUGUUGGCUGGUCUCCUUUGUGGUUUUGGGAAUGGCCUCCAAUUUAUGGGUGGUCAAGCUGCAGGAUACGCAGCGGCAGAUGCUGUCCAGGCACUUCCACUUGUAAGCACUUUUUGGGGUGUUCUUCUGUUUGGGGAGUACAGAAGAUCAUCAAGAAGAACAUAUAUUCUGCUAGGGAGCAUGCUGUUUAUGUUUAUCGUGGCUGUUGCUGUUCUGAUGGCAUCAUCAGGCCACAGAAGCAGUUCUCACACUGCCAAGGAAUAAUUGCCCAUUGCAAAGAAGAAGCAUUCUCUUUGUUCAUUAGUGUGUGAAAAAAGAGAAGGCAAAAAGGGUGUGGAAGAAGAAAUAAAGCAGGAACUUAGUUAUAAUAUUGUUAUUGAAAUAUAUUCAUUUUUGUUAUUGCAGGCUUUUGUGAAUAUUUCAACUUUCAAACUGCAAUUUGUACCAUGAAAUAUAUAUCCAAUGCUUGUUCUGCUUCUA